UAGGGAGGGAGACUGCGCAGUGACAGGUAGUGCGGAGGCUGCUACUGAGCGGCGAUGGCAGAGGGGUCGGAGGAAGCCCGCAGCCGCCGUCCCGGGCAGGACGACGGCGGAGGGGACCGCGAGCCGGGCCCUUCCCUUACAGGCCCUCCUGCCGCCGCCGCUGCACGCCCCCAGGCCGGGCCGCAGGCUGAACCCCAGGCCCCGGGCAGGCCCCCAGUCCCGGGCCUCGCGCCCGCUGCGGCCGCCGCCGAGGAGUCGGAGCCGCCGCGCGAGCCGGGGAAGCCCGGGGAGGAGGCCUCGGGUUCUGGUGCGGGGUUGCAGGAGCCGACCGGCUGCGACGCGCCCGAAGCCGCGGCUCCGCGAGAGAGGCCGGCGGGGCUGAGCGCCCGCGAGUACUCCCGGCAGGUGCACGAGUGGCUGUGGCAGUCCUACUGCGGCUACCUCACCUGGCACAGUGGCCUCGCCGCCCUCCCCGCCUACUGCAGCCCCCAGCCGCCGCCGCCGCCGACCUACCCGGCGGCCGGAGCGCCUGCCGCCCCCCAGGCCGUGGCGCCGCCGCCCCCUCAGCUGGGCUAUUACAGCCCGUUUUACUUCCUGAGCGCCGCGGCCGCAGGGCCUGACGCGGGGACUGCUGCGGGCACCGCAACCCCUGCUCCCGUCGCCGGCUUGGCACCCCGGGCUCCUCACGUGCAGGGAUCCGUCAGGGCCUCCCCAGCGACGAGGGCAGGACCCACUGCCCCUUCGCGCACUCCGAGCGAGACCGGGCGGCAGGCAGGCAGAGAAUAUGUCAUUCCAUCCUUGGCCCACAGAUUUAUGGCAGAGAUGGUGGAUUUCUUUAUUCUCUUCUUUAUAAAAGCAACCAUUGUGUUAAGCAUUAUGCACCUUAGUGGAAUAAAGGAUAUCUCUAAGUUUGCUAUGCAUUAUAUAAUAGAAGAAAUAGAUGAAGACACGUCAAUGGAAGAUUUGCAGAAAAUGAUGGUUGUGGCUCUUAUAUACAGAUUAUUAGUUUGUUUCUAUGAGAUAAUUUGCAUUUGGGGAGCAGGUGGCGCUACCCCAGGGAAGUUCCUGCUCGGGCUUCGAGUUGUGACAUGUGAUACAUCCGUGCUUAUUGCACCAAGUCGGGUUUUAGUGAUUCCUUCCUCAAAUGUUAGCAUUACAACGUCCACCAUACGAGCUUUGAUCAAGAAUUUUUCUAUUGCUUCUUUUUUCCCUGCUUUCAUCACACUGCUGUUUUUUCAGCAUAAUCGAACAGCCUAUGACAUUGUGGCAGGAACCAUUGUGGUAAAAAGAAAUGGGGUCAGAUGAUGCCAAAAACAGCCCCGAAUGCCAUGUUCUCGAAUAUUGACAAGACUAAAUUAUGUAUUGAGGCCAUCGGUAUCCCUGGGUUACAUUAAUUUGAUGAUUUAGAAAUUAAAGCAGUUGCUCCAGUGUGAUACAGGUGACUAUUCUGAAAGUAUUGAUUUUCCUUGAACGCCAAAGAACUCUUCCAGAAGAAAAACAAUACCUGUUAAAUUCAAGUGUUAAAAUUUUUAGAUCGAAAGAAGGCGAGUGGUUUCAUAGUGAACAGUGGACAGUAAAUAUAUACUUUCUUAAGAUCUACAGCUUUAGAAUUUGCUGGAGCAUUUUCAGCUUUGAAAUCUCCAAACAAAAUUUCUAAAAUUUAUUUUGAUUUAUCCUGAUUGUGGAAAAUGUUGUGUUUUGUAAACACUUACGUAAUUCAUCUUUUAGUUAACACUUCUUUGGGAAAUUGUGUUUGAGGGAGAGGGAAGAGGAAGAGAAGUUUGGUAAUCCACUCAUCUCCCAUCCAAAGAGGUGGUGCAUUGAGCUGCAAGAACAAGGGUCAGGUGAGGCAGGCCUAGGAGUUCCCGUACCUGAAGUUUUAAAAUCUGUACUGUGGUUUACUUUGGGAAUGAUGUAACUUUACAGCUAUUCUUAAUGUUUAAACAUUAUUUUGGGACAAGUUUUGCAUGAUGAUGAAAAAGUAUUAUCAUAUUGCUAUAUUAUUGAUUUUUAAAGGAAAAGGUAAGUCAGUGAUUACUUUUAAUGGGGGGGGUAAGUUUUCACUGUAAACAUAACUUAAAAUUUAUGUGCAAGUGUUUUCAGUGCUCUAAGUCAAAUUAUAAAUAUGUAGGGAAAAAUUACUUCCAUGAAACUGGCAUAUUUACUGUAAAACAAUAUUCUCAGUAUGUGUGCAGCAUGAAGAAAGUAUUAGUGCUUCUCAGUGUUCUGUAUGUGUGAUUUCUCUUUAUAUACAGGAUAUUCUAGUUUCCUUUUAUGUCUUCUGUAGUUCCAUGACUGUUGAAACAUCAGUUUAGUAUGUCUAAAUACUAGUAGCCUGUGAAAAUUCUGUAAUUUUCCAAUUAUGGACUGUUUUCUCUAAAACAAGGGAGAGUAUCACCUCCACGUGUUAUUCUACGUUUACUUCUGUGGGCUAAAAGCUCAUUUUGGGCCUGCAAGGGAUGAAGUUUUGGGGGAAAUACUAAGCACAGUAAUACUCUGUAUAUUACCAUUUUAAUUUAUUGAAGCAAAGUUGUGGGUCUUUGUGUAUAUGUGUGCUUUUGUUAGAUGUCCCAGUUAGCUGUAUUGAGGUCUGCCUGUACUAUUUAUAGUUUAUUUGGCUCUUAGGCAUUUUUUCCAUCUUCGAUAUUAUUUUCUCAGAAAACACUAAACUAUAUUGAACAGUUCAUUAUUAAAUUGUUUUAGGGCUCAAUCUAAGCCUUGGUCUUAAACCUAAUAACAAAUCCAAGACAUGUCUUUACUAUCACUGUAUCAAGAAAAACUGACAUUUAAAAAUGUGAAACUACAUCUUCACAUUUGAUAUUUAUAGAAACUUUAACGAUGUCCUUAUUUAUAUCUUACUCUAAAAUUUCAUAAACCAUGUUUUCCAAAAUAAUUUUAUAUGAAAUCCAGCUUCACCGAAAGCCAGUUAGUUUAGUGUGUCAAAGCACUAAACAGAUAAUUGACUUGUAGACUCUGGAAAGAUAUUCAGUGUUAUGGCCCUUUGUUGUAAAAAAAAAAAAAAAAUCUGUAACUUUGUGAUUAGACUAGAAAUUCGGAAAUGUUACUAAAAGUUGUCUCCAUAGUAAAAACAUUACUGAUGCAUUUGGUGGUGCAUACGUUAGCACUGGUAUAUACACUACUUUUGCCACUGACUGGGGAAUUCAAGUUGAAAUGUAUUCCAGAGCUACAUGACUGAAGGAUAUCUUUGAUUUAUAAUUCCAGGUCAGAUAAUUGAAUGGGCCACCAUCUGGGCCAUUUUUAUUAAUGCAGUAAAAUAAAAGCAAACAAGAGUCCAGUUUAAUUUAUGUACAUUACGCAUUUGCCAUACUUGAGUCAUUCAGAUUAAUAUCCAUGUAGGUUCAUUCAGAUCCAGCUGUGGAUUCAAGUUAUACUACAAAGCCCUAGAAGAGUGUCACAUUCCUUUGCCUUUACAUCAAAAUCCCAGUGUGUUUCUAUUUGUGCAUGCAGCACUUAGGAAAAAGGAUUUUGAUUCCCAAAUAGUUCCCCAAAAUGGCAAAACAGUGGAGGUUGGGGAGAACUACAUUUUUUUCUUUGGGAUUGUGGGGAGGGGAAUCAGCUUUUCAGAACACUUUUCUAUUUAAUGUUUUUCAUUAAUAGAAAUGCUGACCUUCUGUAUCAAAGUAUAAAUCUCAAGCUGAAGCUCUAGCCCAAAAAGGCAAAAAGAAGUUGUCUCCAUGGUAAAAACGUUACUCAUCAUUUCUAUAAGGGAACAAAAAUUAGGAGUUAAGCUGAGUGAGAAUACUAUUUUAGUGAGCAUGCCCUAGGUUAAAACCUCCAAAUUCGGGAUCACAGAACUGGCAAUGAACUUUGGCAUCUAGCAAUUUCAGUAGCCACCACUGAAAGUAGCCUGAGUAGCUGCUGCACCUUGAGACAGUCUGGAUCCAAAGCUAAGGGUAGGUAAGUGUGAAUGAUCGCAAGCCUUGCUUUUUAGACUAUUCUAUGACUACAGAAGCAAAAUCAACGCUUUUGGAUAGUAAGCCUUCACUUGCCGAUAUUUAUAGUAAAAGUAUUGCCCAGCUGAUACUUUUGUAGCACUGGUUCAGUAGUUACCUCUUUCUACCUAAGCACUUGACCUUCCAAAGUCACCAAAAUGUUUAGAAUUGGAGAGGGGAAAAAGCGUAUUUGUGAAGCACUUUUUCUUCAGUGUCUCCUAUUGUUUCAAAUGACAGUAAAAUGUUUUUACUGGGGGGAAAAGGAGUUCCUUUCGAUAACCUGUUUGGGUGUUUCGCUUAUACAUAAAUAAGCAUGUCUAGCAAAGGGAAGGGUGUAAAAAGGAAUUGAAAGUUCAUUUAGACUACUAACUACUUGGCAAUAAAGAACAUUUUGAGGGGGGUAGGAGCACUGCAAUUUUUCACUCUUGUUCCUAUUAAAACAGGCUAUUGUUUGACAAAUAUGCCUAAAUGAUAGUAUUCCUAAAAUUGCAUAGCUUGAGAAGUGUCAUUUCACACACCACCCCUGCCCACUAAACCAAAGGCCAAAGUCUACCUGGUGCUUGCCUGGGUGAAGUUCCUCAUUUCAAACAGUGUAUGUGUAUUUCCUUGAAGUUCAUUAUAGUAGAGCUUGACCUGCAAACAGUAUCUGAUCGCCAGCCUAUAAAUAAAAUUCAGCAUUCUAUUUUUAAUAAUUUGUACGCCACUAAUUUGUAUUUUUUGUCUCAAUAAAUACUUGGUCACUGA